AUGCACGUGAAAAACAUAUGUCUUGAAAGAAAAGAAAAAGAGUUGUUUUACAAAGGUAUCACAUAUUUGAUACUGAAAGGAACUUCCAUAUCUGAAAAAGACUAUUGUUUAAUUACCCGUAUGUCGAAUUUAUAUAAGCUAACAACGAAUUUGGCAAAGCACGCGCUGCGGAGUAUUGGAGAGGCAAAAUUACUAUUGCGUGAAAAUCAAAUGAGAACAGUCAGGAGAGAGCGCAGAAUACUAAGAAAAAAGCGCUCACGAAUAUAA